CGUUACACACUCCCAGCUGUUGUGCUGGUGUACUUCUCUCUCAUCAGUCUAUGUCUAAGUUCCAGAUUCCCAGUCUACGGUGCGGUCUUCUUCAGUAACCAGUUGACUGUGUUAAAGGGAGCUUACGCUAUCUCGGAGACGAGAUGACGUUACACGCGAGUCACGUCUGUUUUUCGCUUAUGUAACGCCUGAUGAUGCCCACGACACGGAAGACGACCUUCUUUGGGUUCUUUUCAUUCUGAGAUGUGGGAAGGAGUCUGUGGGUCAUCUUGGUGAAACAUCCAAAACCGAAAACAUGGAUAACAUCGAAUAUUUCAGUCUAAACCGGAGCAAUCUGACGUUCUCUGGAGACAACGAAAUCAGUCAAAUCGACCAGGUCGGAAAAGGAACAUUUACCGAUACAUUUUUACCUCCUCUUUGGGGUACAUAUUUUCCAGAAACUCGGGAAGAUAUUAUCUCGGAAGUAUCCCGGCUACGGAAACAACGUUGACACGAAGAACAGUUAAGAACAGUUCACCUUAUUCGAUGUCGAUUUCCAAAGGGCCACAACAGCCUCGACGGAAACGUGCGUACGACUACGUAGCCUUAGACUCAUACGCCAACGAGGUUACCGAAGAGUACUGUCCUCCAUCGCCGCCCUCGACACCCAAGUUCUCCGUCUUCGGCUUCCUCGGGAUGAUGGUGUCUCUGAGCAUGACGGUCGCGAAUGUCAUCAACGCCAUCAACAACAACAACAAUAACAAUAAUAACAAUAACAACGACAACAACAACAAUAACAACGACCUGAAUGCAGCUGGUGAUGGGGCUGGAGGAGCUGCGGACGCCCCAGUGAGAAACGUCGUCCCCGUCAGGAUAAACGAUGUAGGUCAGCACAACGCCAACGCAGAUCUGGGAAGUGACGGACUUCCUACGUUAACCAACGCACGCCCUGUGACCUCACGCCCCAACACAAUAUCCUUUGGAGGCAGAAGAAGCCUCUCGUCUGAUGAAACGCAACCGAGAGAGUUCAUCUCCCACAGGGCAGUUGGACAUUUCGAAUCACAGAGCUCAGACUCGUAUGAAAACGGGGCAUUUGAGAUCGGUGAUCACAGUGGUGGGUAUGUUCUUACCUUAGGAAACCAAAACUUGACGGAAAAUAAGACGAAAUCGCCCAGAGAUAGCUGCUCUUGCAAAACCAAAAGGAGCGCGACUCGUUUACCCACCAAGAAUAAAAACUCCGGUUCAUUUUUUCAAAAACUGUCUUUGAUUUUCGACUCAGAAAAUGAGAUGAAUAAUACGAGUCAUAAAGAGGACUGGUUGGGAUUCUGUAUUCGACGAUUCUUCUGUGAACAAGAGUUAGAAAUGCAUUACAGCAGUGGGGUGAACUUGAUGUUCUUGAGAAUAAUGAGGCAAGUAUUUUGA